CUGGAUGUGAGAGAUGUCAGAGGUUGCACUCACAGAAUGUAGCAACUAAAUGAUGAAGGGAGAUAAUGAUGCCCAAGUUUCAAACAUGGCAGUCAGGGUAAGUAGUAGUACCACAGGCUUCCUCCAUAAUAGACUUGAGAGAAAUAGGUAUUUGGAAGAAAGCUAAGGUGGGUUUUGGACAUGUUGAAUUUAAAAUGCUCAGGGGAUAUGCAGCUGGAGAAACAUUCUAUUGAAGCUAUGAAAACAGUAGCAUAGGAUUCUUGGAAAUGACCCAGAAGUAAUAAAGGCCAUUGUGAGGUCAUCAUCAUCCCACACUUGCCAAGUUUGCUUUCUCAAACCAUCCAAGCUUUCUCAAAGACUUACGAAACCGCCAUGCUCCGCUUUGCAAAUCCUCUCUUAAGACACAUCAUUCACAGAAAUCAUUUUGACAGCAUUAUGAGAAGGCAAUGUCUCCAGUAUAUAAAAAGUCUAAGAAGCUGGCAGUCGGAUGGAUUUAAAACCAUCUUUUUAGGGGAAACAGAUAUCCCUGAACAUCUCAUCACAGGAGAAAACCUGGGUGAUGAAAACUUCUCACAUAACCCAACUUGGAGUGUUGUACAUGCUGGAGGCAGUCAAGGAUGGGUGCCGUGGAAAUACCGAAUGUUCCUGAGGGAUGAGUUAUGUACCAAACAGGAGGAGGGUCUCUUCCUUGAGUUCUGCAGUGUAGUGAAAAGGGCCUAUGGAAAGUGUGUCAUUGUGGUCAGAGAGAAAAAGCAGAUGAAUGAAAGGAAGCAGAAUGAAGUCACAGAGGACAAAGAAGUCCAACCUUAUGCUUCAUCAGUUAUUAAUCUAACCAGCAUCUCAUGUUGUCCCGAGGUAGCCAAAGCCAGUGGCCAUGAGCUUCUUCCUCUUCCAUCCCCUUACAAUUACUUAAAUCCUUUAGAUUCUGCUUGGUCUUCUCUGAAAUGGUUUAUCAUCAACAACAGGAAAGAAUUUUGUUUGCGGUCCAUUGACAAUGUCUAUUCUUACCAAUAUAUACUUUUCAGUGACUUGGUUGGGAAAGGAAUUGAGAGGAUGACGCCAAGCAAAUGGAAAACAGUCAUUAACAAAGUUCAAAGAUGGGAAAACUACUAUCUUGGUAAAUGCUCUUGAAGAAAAUACUCCCCAGCAAGUAGCUGCCUUCCUCCACUGCAGGGAUAUUCCUUAACAACUUGAUUCUUUGCUUUCUUUCUAACCUUCUACAUUGCUCUGGGUCAUUUUGGCACAAACCUCACAUUCUAAUGAAUUACAAAUGGUGGUAGAGCUCUCUGAGCUUGGUGGUGGCAUCAUCACAAACAUCAUUAAGUCAAUUCAAUACUUCAACAAGGGAGGAAAAAAGGAAUGGAAAUGUUUGGUUGACU